AUGUCUUCCCAUUCGCCAAACUUCAUUCGUCUCCACCAACAUACAACUUUCUCCAUUCUGACUUACAUCCUACUGUCUGGGAUUCAGUUUCUUAUCCCACCGCCCAAACUACAUCGUCCCCUCCUACUCUUCCUCACACCUCUCCUUACAGCAGCCCACCACCCUCUUCCUCCAAACCUACAACCCCACCUCCUUCCACCACAGUCGGCGCACCACCCUUACUCCACACCUACUCACGACACCGACCAUCUCACACUCAGUCGACUACUACCUAAACACAUGUCGAGCCUUCUCCUGCCUCCCCUCCUCCUCUACCCACUCGCACCAUGA